CUGAUGGCUAGCUGAAGAUACUUCAUGGAUGUUUCUGUUUUACAUUUUUACUUGACCUGCAGGGAGGGCAUGUUGGGACAGAGUAGAGUAGAUUGCUUUGGUUCCAGUUCCAGCAGCUGAAUCCAAGUGCUGCAACCUUAUGUGGUCUUUGUCGAGUAAUAAGACAUGAUCUUUGAGGACGCAUGAAUCUCGCAGUGCUCCAUUUUGUGAUCUUCCAGACUAGGAUGGGAGGGAUCACAGAGAGAGAAAGGAGGAGAUGUGAAUGAAGGAAGGAGAUACUAGUCAAGUCGGGAGGAAGAAGAGGAGGACGUGGGGGCUUUGUUGUUUUGCAUUAAUGCCAAGUAAAGAGAAGCAUUGACCUCUCCCCUACUUGGCACCCCCCUGCCUGCCCUAUAUAACUUCCUAGCCGCUCAACCAGACGCAUCAAAGCUCAUCUCUUUCGCUCUUCUCAUCUCCUCUUCGCAUCCUCCGGGCUUGCUUCAGGUGGUGACAGUGAGCCAUGAGCCGGGGCAGCGGCAGCGGGGUGAGGAGCGGGAGGCUGGAGCUGCAGCUGAACCUGUCCCCGCCGGCGGCCGUGGGGAUGGAGGUCGGGCAGGACGACAGCGACUCGUCGUCGCCGAGCUCGUGCGUGUCGUCGGACGGGCGGAGCUCGAGCGGCGGCAGCCCCGGGAGCAAGUCCCCGAUGGUGAUCGGCGCCUGCACGCGCUGCCUCAUGUACUGCAUGGUGGCCAAGAAGGACUACCCGACCUGCAUCAACUGCAAGCAGCCGUGCCUCGUGGACCUCCUCCACGGCGAGGCCGGCGGCACCGACGCCGACGACAAGAAGCGCGGCAAGCGCAAGUGAAGGAGCCAAUGAAGAAGAUUCAUCAUGUCGUGUGCCCGCCCAGUGGAUGCUCAUACGGACGGUCAGCUCAGGAUUGGGGGAGUGACUGCCGUUGGAUCAUCCACUGGACAGGGUUUCCUUCCUCAUUAGCAGGAGGCUAGUAGUAGCAGCUUAUUAGUAGUUUACUUAAUGCUUGAUUAGGUUGUCAGUCGUUUGUGGGGUACUCCUGUCAGUAAGUGUGGUGGAGACUUUUUAUGGUUGGGGUGGUGUUUUCAGUUGUAAUCUCCCUCACUCCAGUUUAGCUUAGCUGAAGAAAAUGCUUGUAAGGGAACUUUACCCUUUGCAGAUGCAAGAACAUUGUUCGUGAGCUGUUCUCGCUGCUGUUUCUAUUUA